AUGGAUCCAAAUCUCCGCGAGCCUGAGGGCCAAGUUCCUGCUGAUUUGGUCCUGGAACGGGAGCCUGACGUGAAGACAGACGAGGACGCUCCGUUGCGCGAGGUCGGGGAUGGAGGGGCGCAGGAUCCCAAUGACGACGAUAUGAUGCCGAUCGCGGAUCGGCCGUGUAUAUGUGCCCCGGUAAAAUCCACACUGUCAUCUCCAGAGACAGUUCGGGCUGCUAUGCUGACCGGCGGAGCCCCUCCCGGAAUCAUUAUCCAGGUUCCUGAGCCGGAUGAGCGUCCAUGGGAUGCACCCGAGGACUUCAUCUGCGUCUAUGAAGCCUAUUUUCGCGAGGCCGGGUUGAAAUUUCCCCUGCCUCGCUUGUUGUUUGCUUACUGCAUUCGUCACGGGUGCGCGAUCUCGCAGCUUCAGCCGGCGUCAAUAGUGAAUUUUGUCGGGAUUGUCCAGCUCGGGCGCGGCAUCCGGGCUCACAUCAACGUGGCUCAAUUCGAGGAGCUCUUUAUUAUGAAGGUCUCGGCGGCGAAGAGUUGGUUUCUGUCGGUGAAUUGCAACCUGAAGUUCGACCUGGUGACUGGGAACAAGGCUAGCAAGUUUCCGAACUGGGACCAAAAUCGCCACGUUCCAGGAUUUAUUCAGCGCUCCCUCACGUCCGACCUUGCGAAGCAGUUAAGUGCCGCCGGACAGCGCCGUUGGCCACUUGCCUACCGGGAGAAGAUUGACCGUCGGAUAAAGAGAGCUCAGGACAGAGCAAAAAAUAAGACGGAACCCAGCUCGUCGAGGCCGGAACCGAAGAAGAGGAAAACGAAGAAAGUCAGCAAGUCAAGUCGGAGAAGGAUGGCGUUCGACAGGUCGGAUAUCCCAAUAAUGGACUUUGGGGCUGAUGAGGAAGACGACAACGCCCCAAUCGACAUCGUCGGUCUCGAUGGGAACGAGGCCAGUGACGGUGCUGAAGCUGCUAUCGGGGACGAGGUCGAUAAUGUCCCGGUCGGCCCAGUUGACCCCCUGAUCCAGGUUGCGGAAUCGGAGGGCGAUGUGGUGGGAACACAGGUGACUCCUCAGCCUCAAAUGGAAGAGGGGGAAAUUGGUGAGCAGGAUGAAGACGAGCUCACCAUCGCCGACCGAGCCCGUAGGAAGAAAGGCAAGUCUAAGAAGUCGUCUCGGAAGAGGGAUGGCGGGCCCGAGACGGUUGCGAGUGAGGGGACAUUGGUCCUUCGCGACUCGCCUAACGCUUCUCAGGUUCCUCCAGCGGAUCCGGCUGCUGAGACCAAGAACCCGAGGUCGUCCAAAAGGCGCCGGACUUCCGACUCGUCCUCUUUCUCGGUCCGACUUAAGUACAACAAGGACCGGUUUUUCUUCGACAACUCGUCUGCCUGCGCCGAGCUCUUCAGGCAGAUCGUGCCGGCCUCGUCUCCGAUGCCUGAGACGAAAGACCUCUUCCGUCCCAAGUCUUACGCUCGGGUCACGAAAUCUGCCUCUGCUCUCGUCUGCGAUACCAAUGAGCUCGUUCGUGAGUACGACUCCGAGGUCGAGAGGCUGAGGAGGAUCAAUGCUGAGGUCGCUGCUGAGAUGGCGUCUCUGGAAACGUCGUACCGGGACGAAAAGGAGAGGUACGAGGCUGCUGUACUGGCCUUUACUGAAAAGGAGAAGGAGAACGCGGCUCUGAAAGAGCAAGUCAAGGCUAUGAUGAAGCGAACUGUCGAGCUGGAGGGGGACGUGGACGCUCUGUCCAAGUCGUUCAAAACAAGCGAGCUCGAGAAGCGGAGGUAUCGGGAUGCUGAGUCGAAGGGAAAGAAGAUGCUGGCCGCCCUUAGAGGCAAGUGCGAGGGGAAGCUCUCCAAGAUGAAGGACUUCAUGGACAAGUCUGAACUCCGGAAAGCGCCAUUCCUCAAACUCAACCAGGCGACGGCUCUGGUCGGCUUCUGCGACUUCCUCAAGCGGGAGCACAACAUGAUCGUCCCGUCUCACAUCGUGGAGACGUAUGAGCGCAGGAUCAGGAACUGCACAAAGGAGGUCGAUGGCAUCCCCCUUCCGCGGUUCCAGAACGAAGAUUUCCUCCUCCCAAGCGACGACGACCUCAUCCCGAGGAUUGUGCUUCCACCGGGGACGCAGGUUCCAGAGGGCUUGGAUUAG